AUGUAUUGAACCUAUUGGAAUGAGCAUGCCAAUCGAGACCUUGCUAUUAAACUAAAUUUAUAUAUUAUAGUAACUUGCUAAGCGGGGUCUUCAUUGUAGUUACGAACAAGUUGCUGACCGGUGCGGACAGGGAAUAGUUAGUUAUAUAAUAUUUUCCAUAAAAAAUAAUCUGUGAAUAUGAAGACAUUGAUUGUUUUAUGUCUUUUUGCCGAAUUAGCUUUGGCCACUAUACCUCCCUAUAUUAAGAUAUGCAGCCGAAAUGAUCCAAACCUGUCCAAAUGUGUCAUAAACUCUGUGGAAGAACUGCGACCGAAGCUGAAAUCAGGCAUCCCAGAAUUGAAUGUCCCAGGAGUAGAACCGCUAUUUCUGGAUGAAGUUAAGCUUCGCAGUGGACCAAAUCAGGCUAAAAUAAAUGCUAAUAUUACCAACAUAAAAGUUUAUGGACCCUCCGACUUUGAAAUACUCGAUUUGAGGGUGAACUUAAAAAAGAACAAAUUUAUAUUUCGAGUUAAUGUCCCCAAGAUCUACUUUGAAGGAGAUUAUGAUAUCGAUAUGAGUUUGCUUUUAUUGAAUUAUAAAGGUCAAGGACCUAUAACUGGGAAUUUCACUGACUACAAGUUUGAUUGUACAAUGAACGGAAACCUGAUUGAUAAGAACGGUCAAAAGUUUUUGAAAUUCCGAAAAUUCGAUGUUACUCUCUACUUGGGACACAGCUACAUGCACUUAGGAAACCUAUUUUCUGAAACGAGUUCCACCAUAGCAAGAGCAACAAACGAAGUGGUUCGAGACAAUGCCGACUUGUUUGUCAAUGAAAUCAAGCCGGUUUUGGAGGACUCAUUAGCUCAGAAAUUUACCGAUAUUGCCAACAUUAUAACAGACAGAUUUUCCUACGACGAAUUGUUUCCUGUAACCAAAAAAUAGGGAUGACACGGAAAGCAAUAUAAAUAUUAAGUUUUAUUUGAUGAGUAUAUACAUCUCUCUGUGAUAUUAUGAGUUUGUUUCUUGAUUGGUUUAAUAAAUUGUUUAAACGAAA